CAUACAACACAGGCAGACUUCUAGAGAACGUCAGUGUCGGCAUCUCAUUAUUACUGCUUCACAGGACAGUUCCAGGAGUAUGCAAAGCUGGGGAUAUGCAGAGCACAAUGGUCCAGACUUGUGGCACGAAUGGUUCCCUGCUGCUAACGGAGAACGUCAAUCCCCCAUUGAUAUUGCAACACAAAAUGCUAAAUAUGACUCCACUUUACAACCUCUUCAUGUCCGUUAUGACCCAGGAUCGGCAAAAGUUAUCUUGAACAGUGGUCAUACGUUCAGUGUUGAAUUUGAUGACACAGAAGACAAUUCAGUGGUUAGAGGGGGACCACUCUAUGGACAGUACAGACUUCGCCAGUUCCACUUUCACUGGGGAUGUGAGGAUGGUCUUGGAUCAGAGCAUAAAGUUGAUGGCAAGAGUUAUUCAGCUGAGUUGCAUAUUGUCCAUUGGAAUUCAGAAAAGUAUUCCAGCUUUGUUGAGGCAGCUCGCAAGCCAGAUGGACUCUGUGUAUUGGGAGUAUUUUUGAAGAUUGGUGAACAUAACAAAGAUAUUGAGAGGAUUACACGUGUACUUGAUGCCAUAAAAUUUAAGGGCAAACAAUCUUCAUUUACAAACUUUGAACCCUCAUGUUUGCUACCUAGUUGCAUGGAUUACUGGACAUAUCUAGGAUCCCUGACUGUUCCGCCGCUUCUUGAGAGUGUCAUAUGGAUUGUGCUAAAGGAACCUAUUUCUGUCAGCUCCAAACAGCUGGCCAUGUUCCGCAGCCUCCAGAUCAGAAUUGAACCUGAAGAAGCUGAGUCUUGCUGUAUGAAGACCAACCACCGUCCCACUCAGCCACUCAAUGGGCACCAUGUUAGGGCAUCUUUUUUGUAGGUUUAUUGGAGAAUCCACAUUCUGUCCUCGAGAGAAACAGCCCAAGAUAUGUUUGAGGACAAAUCAGAAUAGCUUCACCUUACUGAAAGUUAUCUAAUAGGGAUCAUUUGAGUUAUUGGUUUGUAUUCAGAAGUCAAGGGCUAUAUGAGGCCAUCUUUAAAGGAAGAUCAUUGAUUGCUGCACUUUUUCAUCAUAGACCACUGGUUUUUAAGCCUGUCCUCAAGCCUCCCCAACAGGCCAGGUUUUCUUGAUUGCAUUUGAAGAGAGCAGGUAAAAUUAACCAUGUUUAUUAAUAAGCUGAUUAUUUUACCUGUGCUCUAGUUCAGAUAUCCUCAAAAUCUGCCCUGUUAGGGAGUCCUGACAACAGGUUUGAAAACCAGUGUUAUAGAAACAUAGGAUGCUAUAAAUAACAUAUUUUGGUAGCUACAGGGCCAAGGAGAGAUUAUUUUUUUUCUACUUUGUUUUAUUAUUGAUUGUUGAGUUAUUUUUUAAAGAGUAUUUCUCAAAUGUUUAUCUUUUGUACCAGGUCAUGGGUAUAGCCCUUGUGCAUAGCUGGUUACAAUGACAUCAUCACUGUACAUGGAAAGUCAGCCUUAACAUUUUUUAAAGGAGCACCAAACACAGUACAACUGCUUAAUUAACAAAAGCAGAAUGAAAAGUUAAUUCAAUAGCACUUAUUCUGAUUUUUAGAUGAGCAGUAGAUUUUUUUUACUCCCACAUUUACACAUCUUCCAUUUCCAAACUGCCUUUGUAAUUUGACAGCCGUCAGGGAAUCACAGGAUCAUAUAUGUUUACACUGUGAACUCUUGCACAUGCUAAGCAAGACCUGGUGCAUCAGAAAGUGUGCAGGUAAAAAAUAAUGGCAUCAAAAUAAUGCAUAAAGAUAAUGCAGAUAUCCUCAGCAAUGAGUAUAAAUGUACAUGAAGAAAGAAAAUAUUUCCUAUAAAAAUCACAGAGCAGAAAUAUCUAUUUUUACAUUUUUAUCAGUAGUAACAGAUAGUUUUAUCAGUGUAAACUGCGCCACUGAGUGGCUGGAAGGGGUAAAACAGUUUAUUUUCUUUAAAAAAAGCAAUAAAAAAUGAUCAAUUAAAUUGUUUGUAUAUAAUAUUCUUCAUGUUUGAUUUCUACUGUAUAGAAUAUUUAACUGUUUAUGUCAGUAAUGCAACUAUUGUACUUUUUUGUUACAUAUAGGAAAAUGUAUGACCAUGAGAAUUUUGGUUUGCUUACUUAAUAAAGAAUUAUUGUUGUGGAAAUA